AUGGGCCGCUACAGCGGGAAGACGUGCCGCCUGAUCCUGAUGCUCGUCAUCACCGUGGUCUUCUUCGUGGCCGAGAUCGUGGCGGGUUACAUGGGGAACUCCAUCGCGCUCGUGUCCGACUCCUUCAACAUGCUGUCGGAUAUACUGUCGCUGUGCGUCGGGCUGACGGCGGCGCGUGUGUCGCGGCGCGCGGGCUCGGGGCGCUUCACCUACGGCAUGGGCCGCGCGGAGGUGGUGGGCACGUUGGCCAACGCGGUGUUCCUCGCGGCGCUCUGCUUCUCCGUGUCCAUGGAGUCGCUGAAGAGGCUCGCGUUGCCGCAGGCGAUCGAUGACCCAACGCUGGUGCUGAUCGUGGGCGCGCUCGGGCUCGCGGUGAACGUGCUCGGGCUCCUGGUGUUCCAGGACUACCGGUGCCUGUGCGCGGCGCGGCAGAAGGACGCGGGGGCGUCGCGCAAAGAGGACGGGGAAGUGGCGGAGGAAGAAGCAGGGCUCCAGGACCAGAAGGCUGAGAGAGAAGGUCCUCCUCUGAACAUCCGAGGUGUUCUUCUGCACGUGCUGAAUGACGCACUGGGGUCGGUGGUGGUGGUCGUGGCGUCGGCUCUGUUCUAUGUGUGGCCCCUGGCCCCCGAGAGCCCGUGCAACUGGCAGUGUUACGUGGACCCCAGUCUAACCCUCAUCAUGGUGGCUAUCAUCAUGUCCUCCGCAGUUCCACUGGUCAAAGAAACCGCUGGAAUCCUGUUGCAAAUGAGUCCGGCUGACCUGCGGCUGAGCCCCGUCCUACACACACUCACACACACACUGAUGAGUCCGGCUGACCUGCGGCUGAGCCCCGUCCUGGAGAGUGUGUGCAAACUCCCCGGCGUGACGAGCGUUCACGAGGCUCACGUGUGGGAGCUGUCUAAAGGGCGUAACGUGGCGUCGCUGCACGUGCGAGUGUGUCCAGAGCUGGCGGAUCUGAGCUGGGCGGCGGGGCCGGCGGGCCGGGUCGGGCUCCACGGCCAGAUCCUGCAGGUGUUCCACCGGGCCGGGGUCCACAGCGUGACGGUGCAGCUGGAGCGGGCCGAGGGAGAGACGGACACCGGACACUGCAGCGGAGUGUGUGUGUCGCCCGCCUGCGUCAAGCUCUCCUGCUGUCCUGCCGGCGCCACCUCAGUGAGUGUGUGUGACGGAAAGCCCUCAGUGAGUGUGUGUGAUGGAAACUCCUCCUCGCCCUCGGGGGACGUGGCUGUUGACAUGCUGAACGCUGGAUCCGCCCUGCUGAGAGACACACACACAGACACACACAGCCUGAACACACCUGACAAGUGUGCCGAAAGCACCAAGUUUUAAAGCUAAAAGGCUGGUUUUUCAGAAGCGUGGAAGAUUUUUGUCCUGGACUAAAAACCCACAAUGUUUUAGUCUGAGACUGAAUCCCAGCCGGAUCUGAGCAACAGUGCUGUGAUAUUCUGCAGAACACAAAAGACUGUUUAAAGGGAUAGUUCACCCAAAAAUGAAAAUUAGCCCAUGAUUUACUCUCCCUCAAGCCAUCCUAGGUGUGUAUGACACUCUUCUUUCAGACGAACAC